AAAUGACGUCGAGCCACAAGCAGCACAGCUUGCGGACCACACUUACUUGGAAAAAUACAAGAUUUGGCAACCGCUGAUCCAAGGCAACUCCAUGGAGUCCUCCGAGAACGAUUCGAUUGAGAUUCGAUUCAAAGGGAAAGAGAUGAAGCCACCACGGAAAAACUCUGCUUUGUGGUGUGCGAUCCUGGCAUUGCUCAUGUUGAAUCUUUUGUUGAAGGUCAACUGUGUCUUUGGCCCUCCCGAUGCAAACCUCCAGGGUUGUACAACUAACCCAGUGGAUCAUGCAAUUGCUUCCAUGGAAUCAACUAAUGCAGACGUCAACGACAGCACCAGCAAUGGAGCGCAUACUCACAUCCCAGUACCCGCUCAUGUACUAGUAGCCUCCAAGAUUGGAUUCCCAGAGUUCCCUCCUGCUGCCAUCCCGCCUAUUGGAGCUGGGAAUGAAGCUAAGUUCCACGGACUAGGCCAGUUUCCAUCAGACAUGAAGCAAGUAGAAAAGAUCUUUGCUGCAAUGGAAAGCAACAAAACUACACACUUGGAGCCUACAAUGGAAUCUUUCCUGAAGCAUGUUACCCGUGAAGCUAUUGAGAAUCACAUCAAAGGAGAACUUGAUUUACAAGCCAAAUUCCCCCAAUACUUCAUGGAUCUACCAGCCUGGGAAAAGGAUUGGGGAGGUGUGGCUGUAUUCUCCAAUGCUUUUAUUGUGGGAGAGCCUCCUGUUAUAUUUGAUGGCAACAUUGCCUUUGAAACACGUUCCUGUUGUUUGAUUAUGGACCGGGAUUGGGAUGGGGCAAUGUAUAAGCUCAUUGAAAAAACGGCCAGGAACGAAGACAGAAAACAAAGGAAGCGCAAGAACAAUCGCCAAGCUGCGGGGAUUGUCAUUCUGCCAUCAGAACAGCAAUACAAUGUUCUGCUGAAUGAGUGUCUUGGUCAUGCUCAUUGGCAUGCCUACAUUGAAGAGCUACCUCGAUUGGUCUAUGUCCGAGAUUUCAUUGCCAAGAACAAGAACAUUACUGACAUUUGGGCUCGUCAAGGAUCCAUUGCACUGGACAGGCGACCCGAAGCAUUUUGGAAUCCAAGCUUCUUCCAGAGCACUACCCUCCCAAGAUGGCGUGAACAGUCAAAAUCUGAGGCCGUGUUUGCCAGACGUUUGCUUGUGCCUACUGGAUCUCUUAAGUCAAGCCGCAAUCCAUCUAGUGUAACCAGAAGCCUUGUUCAAGACUACAUUGGGAACCACCCUCAAAUGCAACUACGACAUCUGCAGGCAUCAUUGAAAGAGCCAAGAAAGCCUGUCAUUCUCUAUCACCAUCGAGAACCAGGAAAACAACGAUCCUUAUACAAUGCCCAAGACCUUGGGGAAGCCUUGCGGAGAUCCUUCUCUCACUGCUGUGUGGUGAAGGACUUCUACCACAAUGCCACUACUCGUGAUACUGCUGUUCUACACAAUGAGGCCUCCAUAGUUGUGGGUCCUCACGGUGCUGGAUUUGCCAAUUUACUAUUCUCUGACCCCCACAAGCUCAUUGGAGCCAUUGAACUUCAUCCCAAGAUUUACCUUGCAGACAAAGAGCCACAUGUGCAGGACUGCAACCAAGAGGUUGCCAGUCACCUUUCCAUUCCCUUCAAGCAGCUCAUGGCUGAGGACGGUAACGCCUUUGUUCCCUUCACAGCAAACAUUCCCGAGACUGUAGCGGCUGUUAGUGAAUUGCUCAUGAGUGGGAGGGUUGCCGGAGUAGCUCUCGACUCUAGAUAGGUGUUUAUCAAUACCUUUUCCGUGCCCCGGCGCUCUGUGCUCCACCCUCUCUGCAUGUCGUCAGAAGCUAUACCAGCA